GCCCAAUAUAAGCAUGGAGCGCGCAUCGUGUCUGGCAGAGGCUCUCACCUAGUGGGCCUCCCGGUUCUUUGACAACGGAUGGUCCCAGCACAGCACGAGCUGCUUGCAGUUACGCCAGUGUGGUACCAUUACUAUAUGUGCAUAGACAGCUGAAUAUUGCGAGUGGUGGAUUAAACCCAGCUAACACCAGUGCCACUACCACCACCACUAAUCCUUCAAGCUACAGUGCCCCUCCUAUGGGCUUCAGGAUGCCUCCCCCAGGCCCCGGAAUGCCCCCACGUCUGCCCCCUCCUGGUUUUAUGUCCCAGGGUGGUACCCCAGGCAUGCCUCCUCCAGCCUUCAAUGUGCCCCCACCAGGCUUCCUCAACUCCUUCAGUCAGGCAGGAGCAGGAGAGGCAGGAAAUAGUGCUGUCAUCUCAGCAGCACCACAGCUUAAUACUCCUCAACCCAGUAAUUCACCAGCCACCAGCCAGAAUGUUGUUUCCCCGGCAGCUGAUCCCAGUCAAGCUGUACCUGCCACUACUCCCCCAGCUAGUAUUGCUAUGCCAGCUGCACAGUCCCCAGGACUUCCUGGUACUGCCCCUAGUGCUGCUGCUGCGGCUGCUGCUGCUGCAGCAGCGGCAGCAGCAGCAGCAGUUGUAGCUGCAAAUGUUGCAGCUCCUGCUGCAGCUAUGAAGAAUGAGACUACGCCAUCUCCUAAAGAGAAAAAAAGUGUGUGGACAGAGCACAAAGCCCCAGGUGGUCGUGUGUACUACUACAACACAGUGACACGGCAAAGCUCCUGGGAGAAGCCAGAUGAACUCAAGACUCCAGCAGAGCUGCUACUUUCCCAGUGCCCAUGGAAGGAGUACAAGUCAGAGAGUGGCAAGGUGUACUACCACAAUGUUAACACCAAGGAAUCCCAGUGGACCAUCCCCAAAGAACUAGAAGACCUGAAGGCCAAGAUCAUGGCUGAAGAAGAACAAGAGAAGGCUGUGGCUGUACCUGAGGACAAGAAAGGGUCUGCUCUUGACCAGGCUAUGGCUGCAACACUGGCUGCCAUUCAAGUCCCCACCACCACUACUACUGUUCCCAAGGCACCUGAGAAGAAAUCUGGCCAGCUGGACACAGAAGAGCUUGGUAAACCUUCCACUCUAGAUCUGAUUGAGGUGAAGGAGACAGUGGAACCCAAGCAGUUGGUGUUCAAGGACAAGAAAGAAGCACUGGAAGCCUUUAAAGAGUUCCUCAGAGACAAGGGUGUAUCAAGUGAUGCCACAUGGGACCGAGCAGUGCGCGUGAUCCAGAAUGAUGUACGGUAUGAGGCAUUCAACAAACUCAAUGAGAAAAAACAGGCAUUUAAUGCAUACAAGGUGCAGCGUGCCAAGGAGGAGAAGGAGGAGCAGCGACUGCGUGCUAAGAAGGCUAAAGAGGACCUAGAACAAUUCCUCCUAAACAAUGAGCGCAUGAAUUCCACCAUUAAGUAUUACCGCUGUCAUGAGAUGUUCCAGCAUCUGGAGAUGUGGAAAUGUGUGCCAGAAGCUGAGAGGCGUGAAGUAUAUGAGGAUGUAGUGUUCAACUUGGCCAAGAAGGAGAAGGAAGAGAACAAAGCCAUGCGGAAGAGAAAUAUGAAGGUGCUAAGUGAAAUCCUGGACAGCAUGACCAACAUCACUUUCAAAACCACUUGGUCUGAGGCUCAACAGAUGCUGAUUGAUAACCCAACUUUUGCAGAAGACACAGACCUGCUUAGCAUGGACAAAGAGGAUGCUCUCAUAGUCUUUGCUGAGCACAUCAAGCAGUUGGAAGAAGAAGAGGAGGAGGAGCGGGAGCGUCAAAAGAAAAGGAUCAAGCGGCAGCAGCGUAAGUGUCGAGACAACUACAUUGCACUCCUGGACGAGCUUCACGAGCAGGGCAAGCUGACCUCCAUGUCCCUGUGGGUGGAGUUAUACCCGAUGAUCUCAGCAGAUAUCAGGUGUGUGUUUACUGCCAUGCUGGGCCAGCCAGGAUCCACACCACUGGAUCUUUUCAAGUUCUAUGUUGCUGACCUCAAGUCCCGAUUCCAUGAUGAGAAAAAGAUCAUUAAAGAGAUACUCAAAGAGAAGUCAUUUGAGGUCCAGGUCAAGACAAGCUUCAAAGAAUUUGCUACAGUGGUGUGCGAUGAUCCACGCUCUGCUACACUGGAUGCAGGCAAUGUGAAGCUGACCUAUAAUGCCCUCAUUGAGAAGGCUGAGGCAAGGGAGAAGGAGCGUCUGAAGGAAGAAGCACGUAAGAUGAGGCGUUUGGAGGCAGGACUACGUGCAGCCUUCAAGUCCAUUGGGGUGGACUCAGGCUCCACAUGGGAGGAUGUGCGACCCCGAGUGCAACAUCUUCCCUCUUUCACUGCUGUCACUAUUGAGGCUGAGCGUAUCAGAAUAUUCAAGGAGUACCAGCAACACUUGGAGGAGGCAUGUGGUCACCAUCACUCCCGCAACAAGAAAAAGAGCAAGAAGAAGGACAGAAAGAAGUCUCGUUCUCGCUCUCACUCCUAUUCGUCUGAGAGUGAUGAUGGCCACCACAAGCGCAGUGCUAAGCGGCGUUCACGUUCACGAUCCAAGAGUUUCUCUGAUGAAUCAGAGGAAGAAAGGCGGCGUUCCAGGAAAAAAAAAAGCAAGAAGAAAAAGGGGAGGAGUCGAUCUCGUUCCAUAAGCAGUGAGGACUCAUACCGAUCCCGACGGUCGUCAAAGAAGAAGAAGCACAGGUCUCGCUCCAGGUCCCGCUCACACUCCCGGGCAGGCUCAUUCAGGAGCUUUCACCAGAGAUCACGAGGCCACUCAGAGGGUGAUUCAGGUCAGAGAUCCUCAGAACGGGAAGCUGGAGAGGUAAGCUUAGAGGAGGGGGAGCUGAGCGAGGAUGAGCUGGAGAAGAAGAGAGCCCAGUUGAUGAAGGAACUUGAAAACAUUAACUAGAGGAGGAUGUGAAGAAAGAAGAAUGGUGGUGGUGGGCAGUAACAUCUUAAAUCUAACAUAACUGAAAUUUUGUCAGUUGUGAUAAUUUUCCAAUAUGAAUGCAUUGUAUGUAUGUCCAGUUGAUUGGCUUAUCAUUCAUGCCUUCACCAUUUACAUAUUGUUUGAGAAGAAUGUUGAAAGAAAACUGAAUUGAUUGAGGACUGAAUGUGCUAUCAUUUAUAUUCAAGAAUUUGUUUUCUAUUAUUUUGGGGGUUGUUUUGCAUUUUGAAUGCUGUGUGUGUGUGUGUGUGUGUGUGUGUGUGUGUGUGUGUGUGUGUGUGUGAUUUAUUAAUCAGUACAAGUACAAAGUUCCCCCGUGAGAUUUUGAAAGAAAGAAUAAGUUUACUUUGUAUUGUAAUUUUAUAUAUUUUGAGACUGGCAACAUCACCACCUCCAUUGCUGUCACCUCUAAAAUUUCAAUAACAAGUGAUGGUACUAUU